GGCUCCCCCGCGGGGGGGGGGGGGGGGCGGGGCCGGGGCGCGCGCGCGCGCGAGCCGGGGCCAUUUCAGCGCGCGGCACCGGCGGCCAGGCCGGGAUGCGCGCGGCAUCCCGCGGCUACCAGCCCGCCGCCGCCGGUCGCCGCCUGCCCGCGGAGCUGGGGCGCUGAGUCGCCCCUUCCUUUCUCUCCUGCCUCCCUCCCUCCCGUCCGCCCGCCGUUUCCCCCCCGCCCCCCCCUCCCGCCCCGCCGGCUGCGCCAUGGCGGCCCCCAGCAGCAUCGUGCCCGUCAUGGCGAGUAAAACCAAGACCAAGAAAAAACACUUCGUGGCGCAAAAAGUGAAGUUGUUCCGGGCGAGCGACCCGCUGCUCAGCGUCCUCAUGUGGGGGGUCAACCACUCGAUCAAUGAACUGAGCCAUGUUCAAAUCCCCGUUAUGUUGAUGCCAGAUGAUUUCAAAGCAUACUCAAAGAUAAAGGUGGACAAUCACCUUUUCAACAAAGAAAACAUGCCAAGUCAUUUCAAAUUUAAGGAAUAUUGUCCAAUGGUUUUCCGUAAUCUAAGAGAGAGGUUUGGAAUUGAUGAUCAAGACUUCCAGAAUUCAUUGACAAGAAGUGCACCCCUUGCCAAUGAUUCCCAAGCACGCAGUGGUGCUCGCUUUCAUACAUCUUACGACAAAAGAUAUAUCAUCAAAACGAUAACAAGUGAAGAUGUAGCAGAAAUGCACAACAUACUGAAGAAAUACCAUCAGUUUAUUGUGGAGUGUCAUGGGAAUACACUUCUUCCCCAGUUUUUGGGCAUGUACCGGCUUACUGUCGAUGGAGUUGAAGUAUAUAUGAUUGUUACAAGAAAUGUGUUCAGCCAUCGUUUAUCUGUUUAUAGAAAAUAUGAUUUAAAGGGCUCUACUGUGGCUCGAGAAGCCAGUGACAAAGAAAAGGCCAAAGAGCUGCCGACGUUCAAAGACAAUGAUUUUAUUAACGAUGGCCAAAAGAUUCAUAUUGAUGAAAGUAACAAAAAGAUGUUCCUUGAGAAACUCAAAAAGGAUGUUGAGUUCCUUGCUCAGUUAAAACUCAUGGACUACAGCUUGCUGGUUGGAAUUCAUGACGUUGAAAGAGCUGAACAGGAAGAAGUAGAGUGUGAAGAGAAUGAUGGAGAAGAGGAAGGUGAAAGUGAUGGGACCCACCCCAUUGGAACCCCUCCGGACAGUCCAGGGAACACGCUGAACAGCUCACUGCCCUUGGCUCCAGGGGAAUUUGAUCCAGCUAUUGAUGUUUAUGGAAUAAAGUCCCAUGAAAAUGCACCUAGGAAGGAAGUAUACUUUAUGGCCAUUAUUGACAUUCUUACUCAUUAUGAUGCAAAAAAGAAAGCUGCCCAUGCUGCAAAAACGGUAAAGCAUGGGGCUGGUGCAGAAAUUUCAACUGUUAAUCCUGAACAGUAUUCAAAGCGCUUCUUGGACUUUAUUGCCAACAUCUUGACGUAACCUAUCAUGUUACAUAGGACAGACACGAGACCUGGGGACAGCAGCAAUGGCUACAAGUGUAGGGAAAAAAAGGAACUCAGAGAAGCGCUCAUCUUGCGGAAAGCAACCCCUUUGUUUACAUCUGCUGGCAAAGAUGACUGAAGUGGGGUGGAGUACUCGCUUUUAACAGCUGCCUGAUAUUCCCAGCAUAGUUCUAGCUAUUUCUGACUCUUUUAUGUGUGCAAAAAAGAAAAAAAAAAUCAAAAUAAAUUAAAUAAAUAGAACAGCUUACUCAGAGUGCACUGUGACAGUAAUGCUCUGAUGCUACCAGCUGAAAUGGAAUAAACGAGCAAAGAGGUGUGGGGUGGGGUUGGGGAAGAGUAAAUGCAUGUUAAAUCUACAAUAUCGAUAUCAAAUUGUAAACUGUGGAUCAGUUUAUUUUUUGAACUAAAAAGAUACAUGACAGUAUUCUUCAUGAUGAUGGUGAUGGCGAUAAUAAUAAAAACCUUACUGCGAAUGUUACACUUACACCCUGCACACUGGCACUCCUUAAAAAAACAGCUGCAACAGCCCUUGGUGCCGGAGGCUUUUCCCAUUCGGUUCCAAGCAGUUGGGUUUUUUUUUUCCCUUUUUUUCUCCCUCUCCCGUUUCUGUCUUCUUUUCAGCACAUUGCGUCAGGAAGUUCAGCCUCU